CACCAUGUAAAAGCCAGAUCCUAUGGUUGACAUUUCAAGCCAAGCGAUGCACCAUGUUGACUCUUGGCCUAUGCUCUCUGACCUACGGUCAACUUCCUGGUCCUCUUCCGCCGUCCGGGGGAUCCCGCCCCCCAUAGGCAGAGAGAGAGGGAGGGAGAGAGAGAGAGAGAGAUGGUUUUCAUUUCAUGGUUUCUGUGAGAAGUUUCAGCUUCAGCAUUGGGCAUGGGGGAGCAGACCCAAAUCCUCACUGUAACCUCAUCCACAGCCACAUCAACUUCUGUUCCUUCCCAGAAACCUACUUCCUCGCCGGACAUCUCAUCUCCGCAUCCGAAAUCCAGAAAGGUCUCUUCAGGCGCUUCCCCUAACUCCUCCGCUCUCACAAACCCCUCGACAAUCACCAUUGCCGCCGUCCCUGCCGGCGGCGGCGGAAAAGACACUCUGCAGCUGGUCAAAGUGCCACCGCGCAUGGCCGCAAGAGCGUUGUCUUGCGAAGGAGAGCUCGAUAUCGCGAUUAGGCACCUUCGGAAGUCCGACCCUAAGCUCGCACCUUUAAUCGACGCUCACGAGCCGCCGAAGUUCGAUAACUUCGACCCUCCGUUUCUCGCCCUGGCUAAAAGCAUUCUCUUCCAGCAAAUCACGCGCAAAGCCGGCACCGCCGUCUACAACCGGUUCACCUCCCUCUGCGGCGGCGAGGCUAGGGUUUGUCCGAUCUCGGUCCUCGCUCUCACGCCCCAUCAACUCCUUCAAAUCGGCGUCUCCGCUCGGAAAAUUAGCUUCCUUCACGACCUUGCGAACAAGUACCGAACUGGGAUUCUGUCCGAUUCGAAGAUUGUAGGCAUGGAAGAUAAGGCACUGGUGUCGUUGAUCACAAUGGUGAAGGGUUUUGGGGCUUUGUCGGUACAUAUGUUCAUGAUCUUCACGCUUCACCGGCCGGAUGUUCUACCCUUUGGGGACGUUAAUGUUCGAAAAGGGGUUCAGAUUCUCUACGGUUUGGAGCAGUUGCCCCGACCUUCGCAGAUGGAGCGGCUCUGCGAGAGGUGGAGGCCGUACAGGUCUGUCUCCUCCUGGUAUAUGUGGAGGCUGGUCGAGGCAAGUGGAGCGCAGGCUAAGUUGGAGGUGGCGGCUGGAUCGCGGAAGCAAUCACGGCCACCAGAGAUUGUAGAGGACGGCCUUGCAAAUCCUGGGUAGUCACUUUUCUGUUACGAAUUUCAUAAAUGUUUGUAUCAUAUGCAAGUAGUUCUUAGGGAAUUGUAAUGCUGCAUUGGCAUCCGUUGCUGAGUGAUAUUUGAGUGUUUUUAACGUCAAUCUGAAACCAGAAAAUGCUGCUUCUGGAUUGAAGGCGACGGUGUCCAUUGUUGUAAAUUGUGUAAAUUGUGUAAAUUAUACUUGUUCUGUUGGUGAAUGGAAAGUCUUAUUAUGUUGCUGAAA